AUGAUGGACGUGGCCAGUUGGAAGGAGAUGGAGGUGGCACUAGUCAGUUUUGACAACGCUGAUCAGAUCGUGGAGGACCCCUGCUACUCCAACGACCUCAGCCCCGCCGGGCAGUCGCGCAAGGGCCACCCCAGCUGCGCCAACCUGCUGUCCAACCUGCGCAUCCUCAUCAACAGCGAGAACGCCAACAAUGAGACCAUCUUCUCCAGGUUCUCCGCCGAGUUCAGCGACCACCUGGUGGGGGAGAGGGUGGGCAUGGAUGAGGGGGACCAACGAGUCAUCAUCAACAUCGCUGGGCUGAGGUUUGAGACGCGGCUCAAGACCCUGGACCAGUUCCCCGAGACCUUGCUCGGGGACCCGGAAAAGAGGAUGCGUUACUUCGACUCCAUGAGGAAUGAAUAUUUCUUUGACAGGAACAGGCCCAGUUUUGAUGGGAUCCUGUACUAUUACCAGUCUGGGGGGAAAAUACGGCGCCCGGCCAACGUCCCCAUCGACGUCUUUGCUGAUGAAAUCACCUUCUAUGAGCUGGGUGAUGAAGCCAUGGACCAGUUCCGGGAGGAUGAAGGGUUCAUCAAGGAUCCUGAGACCCUCUUACCAACCAAUGACUUUCACAGGCAGUUCUGGCUGCUCUUUGAGUACCCUGAGAGCUCCAGUGCAGCCAGAGGCGUAGCUUUGGUCUCCGUCCUGGUCAUUGUCAUCUCCAUCAUCAUCUUCUGCAUGGAGACCCUGCCAGAGUUCCGGGAGGAGAGGGAGUUCAGGUCCACCCAGGAGCUUUCUAGGAAUAUGACAGACACUUUGGUGUCCCACAGCACCUUCACAGACCCUUUCUUCGUCGUAGAGACCGCCUGCAUCGUCUGGUUCUCCUUUGAGCUCUUUGUCCGGUUCAUCGUGUGCCCCAGCAAGACCGAGUUCUUCAGGAACAUCAUGAACAUCAUCGACAUCGUGUCCAUCAUCCCCUACUUUGUGACGCUCACCACCGAGCUGAUCCAGCAGAGCGAACUCAACGGGCAGCAGAACAUGUCCCUGGCCAUCCUGCGCAUCAUCCGCCUCGUCAGGGUCUUCCGCAUCUUCAAGCUCUCCCGGCACUCCAAGGGGCUGCAGAUCCUGGGCCAGACCCUCAAGGCCAGCAUGAGGGAGCUGGGCUUGCUCAUCUUCUUCCUCUUCAUCGGCGUCAUCCUCUUCUCCAGCGCCGUUUACUUCGCGGAAGUCGACGAGCCGCAGUCCCACUUCUCCAGCAUCCCCGACGGCUUCUGGUGGGCCGUGGUCACCAUGACCACCGUGGGCUAUGGGGACAUGUGUCCCACCACGCUGGGCGGCAAGAUCGUGGGGACGCUGUGCGCCAUCGCGGGCGUGCUGACCAUCGCCCUGCCCGUGCCCGUCAUCGUCUCCAACUUCAAUUAUUUCUACCACCGGGAGACGGAGAACGAGGAGAAGCAGAUGCUGCCCGGGGAGGUGGAGCGGCUGCUGGCCAGCGUGGCCACGGGCAACGGCAGCAUGGAGUCACUCAAUAAGACCAAUGGGGGUUACCCUCGAGACAAGGCCAAAAAAUGA